AUGCAUUUUAUUUAUUGUAUUGCUGAAUUUCUUGUUAUGUUAUCACAUGAAACACUUCAUUCAAAACAAGUUAUUAAAGUACAAGAUUUAAUAAAGCAUUAUGAUUCAUUAUUAGCAAGAGGACAUGAACCUGAAACACAUGUUAUUGUUAAUAGUGUUCAAAUUGAAGAUGAUAAAUGGGAACGUCUUUCACGACAAAUUGUCGAUUUACUUCUUGUUCAUUUACAAUCACAUGUUACUAUUGGUUUAUCUCAGAAUGAUGUUUUAUUAUCAGUUAAUGGAACACGAGAUGAAACUUUUAGUGCAGCUUUUCUUCGUGUUUUACAUGAUAUAAUAUUAUGA